CUAACAAAUCCCUUCUCUCUAUGGCAAACAAAAGCUUUUUCUCGGUAUUAAGCGAACGUUUAUAUAUCGAAAAAAAUUUACCUGAAGAUGAGGAGGAUAUUAAUAAUGCUUUUAAAUCACUCACAGCUCCUGAACAGAUG